AUGAAGGUAAUUAAAACAUUGUCUAUUAUAAAUUUCUUUAUCUUUGUUACCUUAAAUAUUAAAAAUGAAAGUAAAUAUAGCAACAAUUUGAUAAACAGUGCUUAUAAUAUGAAUAUAAGAAGAAUUAUGGAAGGUGAUAAUUCUAAUACUGUUACUGGAAAUACAAAUCCUGCAAGCCCUGGUACAAGUUCUGUUACAAGUGCUGGUGGAAGUUCUGGUACAAGUGCUGGUACAAGUGCUGAUACAAGUGCUGGUGGAAGUGAAAGCAGUACAGAUGCAAAAACUACAGGUGAUAGUGCUACUACUAGUGCAGGUACACAACCAUCAAAUACGGAUAAUACUAAAAAUAAUGAAAAUGCAUCUGAUAGUAUUGCUCAAGAAAAAUUAGCUUCAGAUAGUACAGGAAAAACUCCAGAAAAUAGUCAAACAGAGGGUGACAAAACAAAUAAUGUAAAGGAACCUCAAACUAAAGAAAACAAUGAAAGUACUUCACCAUCAACUGAUACAACUCAAAAACCUGCUUCACAAACUGAGGAAGCUCAAAAUACUGCUACACAAAACCUUCAAACUGCAGAAACUGAAAAUCCUGCUCAAAAAACCGAAAAAGAUAAAACCACCGAAACACCAUCUGCACCAGCUACUAAACCUAAUGAAAAACCAGGAAAUAUGCAAGGUACUAAACACAAUCAACAACAAAAUUCUGAAGAUAAAAAAAAUUGUGCAAAUGGUGACGAAACCAGUUGUGGAGCAGGAGCAUCCCUCUUAAGUAACUCUAGCAAUAUUGCUUCAAUAAAUAAUUUUGUUGCUUUAAUUUCAGUAACAUUUGUUUUAGCUGUUUCCUUCUUAAUAUAA